UUGUCAGCCCCAUGGAGAAGACAUCGAUGGCGCGAUUGUCUUAUCAAUUGAUUGUACUUAACAGAAAAAGCCCUAUAAAGGAAGAACUCCGCCCGCAGUUGGGCGUAUAAGCUGACAAUGACUGGAGGAAAAGGGCUGCUGAUAUUCGGACUGCUGCUCUGCAACCAUUUUCUGGUUGAAGCAAAAGAUGCUGAUGUGAAUACAGGUGCUUUGCCGGACAGAGAAGAUGGCCGAGCAUCCAUCACAGCCGCAGGCGAUGCGGAAGAUGGCACUGAUAUGGGUCUAAUCACGGGCAACCUCAGUCUCUGCCAGAACGUGGCCGACAGUGUGUUCCUGCCCUAUGUGGGUGACUGCAACAAGUACUAUCUCUGUCGGUACGGACAGGCCAUUGAACUGCAGUGCGAAUGGCCUUACCUGUUUAAUGCUCCCACCCAGAGCUGCGUGAGCCCCAACCAGGCGCACUGCUUGCCCACCUGCACGAACUACACGCUGAGCACCUUCAGCUACGAGCGGACCUGCACCAAGUAUGUCCUCUGCUAUUUUGGUCAUCCGGUUCUGAGGGAGUGCCAGGACGGUCUCCAGUACAACGCCAAAACGGAUCGCUGCGACUUCCCCCAAAAAGUCGACUGCGUGGAGUCCGAGUGCUCCAUCUACUACAAUGCCUACCAACUGCACUACGUGCCCAGCAAGGUGUCCUGCGAUAAGUAUUUCCUCUGCGGCAAUGGCGUGCCCAGAGAGCAGAGCUGUGCCAAAGAAUUGUACUUUAGCACCACAUGCAACUGCUGCGUCUUGCCAUCAGAUUCUGACUGUCAGAUAUCCUACCGGCAGAAAAUGGUCCAACCGUUCUCCCGACAGUCCCCACGGAUCGCGGACAUGAAGUGCCCCUCUGCGGGCGUUCAUUUUUAUCCCCACGAGUCGCGCAAGGAUGUCUACUACUUCUGUGUGGAGGGCCAUGGCCUGACACUGGACUGCUCUCCUGGUCUCUGGUACGAUGCCAAAGUACAGGAGUGUCGAGAACCCAAUAAUGUAGAACUCUAA